ACUACUGAUGACUACCUCCAUUACAUGACUCCUGUUGAACAGCAUGAAGAGGUACUGUACUGUAGGACUACUGAUGACUACCUCCAUUACAUGACUCCUGUUGAACAGCAUGAAGAGGUACUGUACUGUAGGACUACUGAUGACUACCUCCAUUACAUGACUCCUGUUGAACAGCAUGAAGAGGUACUGUACUGUAGGACUACUGAUGACUACCUCCAUUACAUGACUCCUGUUGAACAGCAUGAAGAGGUACUGUACUGUAGGACUACUGAUGACUACCUCCAUUACAUGACUCCUGUUGAACAGCAUGAAGAGGUACUGUACUGUAGGACUACUGAUGACUACCUCCAUUACAUGACUCCUGUUGAACAGCAUGAAGAGGUACUGUACUGUAGGACUACUGAUGACUACCUCCAUUACAUGACUCAUGUUGACCAGCAGGAAGAGGUACUGUACUGUAGGACUACUGAUGACUACCUCCAUUACAUGACUCCUGUUGAACAGCAUGAAGAGGUACUGUACUGUAGGACUACUGAUGACUACCUCCAUUACAUGACUCCUGUUGAACAGCAUGAAGAGGGACAGAGGACCAGCCAGGAGGAGGAUGGAGGGGUACCAGGUGAAACAGCUCUGGAGCAGGAGAAGGAGAACAAGGCUACAGGGUUGGAAGGAUACAACGUUCAGGAUGUCAAAGACGUGCUGGGAGACAUGACCAAAGAGAUGCUGGGAACCCUACAGGCUGAAUUCACAGAGAAGCUGAGAGUCCAGGAGGAGAGUUUCAGUACCAGACUAGAACCACUGAAACAUUCUGCCUGCAAAUAGCUACAAUAGCUACAAUACACCUCAUAGUAUAACAUAUCCAUUAUGAACACAAUGCACCACAC